AACAGGCGUUCAACCCAACUCUGGAUGUGUUGACGUUCCAAGUCCAAUCCGUGUUUCCCCUUUGCUGGAAAAAGAUCCUCUUUGUGGACCUUGGUGGAAAAUGUCCAAAGUGUUCUCCACCAAUCUUCGUUGCCGGUUGCCCUUCUUGCUCUUCCUCUUCCAGACUUCUCUGCUCCUGGUCUUCCUCCUGUUUGUGACCUACGAUGAACACACAGAUGCCGCUGCCCAGCCUUCCCAUGUUGACCCUGCUGCCAACCAGCUCUACACCAUUUUCUCCCUCUUCCAGGACAUCCAGUUGAUGCUGUUGGUUGGGCUGGGCUUGCUGCUGGCUUUCAUGAAGGGCUACGGAUUCAGCGCUGUGGCCAAUAACUUCCUCUUGGCCAACUUCUCCACCCAGUGGGCCCUGGUCCUACAAGGAUUCGUACAUCACUCCCAAAAUGGGAAGAUUCGCCUCGGCCUUUACAAUAUCCUCACUGCCGAAUUUGCAGCUGUGACUGUCCUCAUCUCUGCUGGGGCCAUUUUGGGCCGAACGAGCUCCAUCCAGCUUCUUCUCAUGAGCCUUUGUGAAAUCCCCCUUUAUGUGGCCUGCGAAUGGGUGACAGUGAGCUACUUGCAGGCUGUGGAUGUAGGAGGAACCAUCACACUCCACGUCUUUGCUUGCUAUUUUGGGUUGGGUGCCUCCAUUGCUCUCUACCGCCCAGGGUUGCGACUGGGGCACCCAAAAGAGACUCCUUCUUACAUCUCAGAUCUUCUUUCCUUGGUAGGAACUGUAUUUCUUUGGGUAUUUUGGCCCAGUUUUGUUGCUGUCCUUGUCCAACCAGGCGAUGCCCAGCACAGGGCUGUGCUGCAUACAUGGAUUACUCUCAGCGCUAGUGCUGUGGUUUCUUUUGCAACCUCCAGUCUUCUGGAAAAGGAAGGCAAGUUGAACGUGGCUCAUUUGCAGAAUGCCACCUUGGCCGGAGGAGUGGCCAUAGGGGCAGUGGCCAAUAUGGCUAUUACUCCAGCUGGAGCAUUCAUCCUAGGUAUCGUUUCCUCCUUAGUCUGCAUCCUUGGCUUCAAAUACAUGACACCAUUCCUAGCCACCAAAGUUCGGGUGCAGGACCAGUGUGGGAUUCACAACCUCCAUGGCUUACCAGGACUCAUUGGUGCCGUGGGUGGAAUUGCAGCCAUUUUGUUAGUGCCAGACGAAGCUUACGGACAUCGGCUUUACCAAGUCUUCCCUCCACGUGCUCCAACAUCAAGGAACAUCACCAUGGAGGCAACCUCGGUUGGGGAGAAUCUGGCCAGGAGUGCCUCACAGCAAGCGCUCUUCCAGGCUGCAGGCCUUGGGGUCUCCUUCCUCGUGUCUCUUUUGGGGGGCUUCCUCACUGGGCUGCUUUUGAAAUUGCCCUUUCUUGCCCAGCCGCCUGACGAACUCUGCUUUGACGAUGCCCUUUACUUUCAGGUCCAAGAGCGAAUUGAUCCCUUGAGUCUUGAUCAGGAGAGUGGGGACUUCCGCUUGCCAUUGAAACUUCACAUUUCAUCUCCUUGUGAUGUCAAAGCAGAAAUGAAACAAGAAAACUGAACAUUUGGUUCCAGAAAUUCAAAGUGUAAGGACUGCAAGAUUUCAAGCAGGCCUAUUCCUAGAGUUUGGAAAACACUGCCUUUUCUUUUUGGAUAAGCAACAAACAGUGAAAGUGGUGCUGAACAGCA